UACGUCGAAGCAGUAAUCCAUAAUCCAUCGGCGCCCUAGCUAGCAGCUCCGAUUAAACGUCUGCUUCGAUCAGGAAUUCAGGAUUCAGGCCAGGUCGAUCGAGACAAUGGUUCAUGCUGCGUCGUCGCCGUGCGAGCCCAGCGCGCUGUUCGCGGCGUUCGACCAGGACGGCGACGGCAAGAUCUCCGCGGCGGAGCUGCGGGUGUGCAUGAAGGCGACGCUCGGCGAGGAGGUGUCCGGCGAGGAGGCGGAGCAGCUGGUGUGGUCGGUGGACGCCGACGGCGACGGGCUGCUGUGCGAGGCCGAGUUCGUGCGGCUGGUGCAGGCGGCGGAGGCGGCGGAGGAGGAGGAGCAGCGGUCCAGCGGUCUCCGGGAGGCGUUCGGCAUGUACGAGAUGGAAGGGGAAGGGUGCAUCACGCCGACGAGCCUGAAGCGGAUGCUGCGCAGGCUGGGGUCGGAGCAGGACAUCGACGACUGCCGCGCCAUGAUCUGCAGGUUCGACCUCAACGGCGACGGCGUGCUCAGCUUCGACGAGUUCAAGAUCAUGAUGAACGCCUGAUGCAGCAGCUACUACUAUACUGAUCCAUCCCUCCAUUGCUCCAUCAACAACAUCUGUACUACUAGUGUUCUUGCAGGGCCAAGUGGGAUCGUGUAUAUACAGUUUCACUUUAGGGGUUGAACAGGGUCAGCUCUCUUGCUUGGUGGUACAGUAGCAGUAGGUGUUUAUACAUAGUUUGUUCAUUCAUUUCAUUUGUUAAUAAUGGGAUUUAUACAUAGUGUGUUCAUCCAUUUGUUGAUUGGAUCUACACAUAGUUUGUUCGUUGAUUGAUUUGUUAACGGGAUCUGGUGUACAUAGUUCUUGGAUUUAUCAAUGGGAUUUGUCAGU